AUUUUCAGUAUUUGUUUUUCCAUCAUCUUCGAAAAGUGUGAUGCUUUCAUAACAAUUCCCUAAAAUUCUUUUCAUUCGAUCUAAAUCGUGUUUUAUUCAAUGAUUUUCUAAAAUACGGGAUAGCCAAAAUGUAUAGACACAUUUUACUGCGACCGGUAACGUCUCUGCGAUCGUUUCAGAUUAUUAGCCGGAAUUUCCUGUCCGAGGCAUUCAGUUGUCGAGAAGCAUGGCAAUCGAGACUGUCUACACCGACUUUGGCCAAAUUGAAUCAGGAGACCUUGUAUUACGAUCUGGAGCAAAGGUUUCAACAGAAACAGAAAAUAUCGGCAAUCGAUAUCGACAUCUACGCCAACAAGCUGGAAGAUGAUUCCCACAUCGAGGAAGUGGCCGAUUUGAUGCAUAAGUUCCGGCUCACAGAGGAAGCUUCGAAUGUGUUGGACUCGACCCAACAUGCCAUUGUUCGAAACUACGUCGAACACAGUCACUAUUCAGAGUUGAUUGAGAUACUGAAUAAUCGGAUCGGAUAUGGCAUUUUCCUCGAUGACUACACGGCCAAUUUGUCACUAGAUCGAUUGAUUACGACCAAUGAGUUCAAAUGGGCUGCCCGAUUCGCUACGCUGCUAGCCCUGCAGGAAGACUUCGAGAACCCGAUUACUAGAACAUUGGCAACCUAUGCCUGUUACCGAUACGUGAAGGGUGGACAAAUAGAACCUUUUGACGAUUUAAUCCCAGCUCCAGUGGAAGAACCCGAAGAGGGUCAGAAAAAGAAAAAGAAGGAGGAAAUCAAGGUCCGCGUCAAGUUUUUGAGGAAUCCAUUUUUUGAUGAUCACUUUGAUCUCACGGAUUCCAAGGCAUUGCUUGGUAAAACACUAUACGUACUCGGCCUAAACAGCGAAGGUAUUGUUGCGAAUAAUUGCCACUUGUUGGGAUCGAUUUUGCAUGGUAAAUUUGAGCAAUCGUUGAAAUUUAUUGAGGCAAACAAAGGAAAGGAAAUCAGCCAAGAAAUUGUCACCUCGGCUAAGGGUUAUUUGGAACAAGUUGAACAGAAAGAUUCGGUUGAGUAUACAAAGCUGGUGGAAGCUUUUGAUAACAUGCAGAGUACAAUGAAGAUAAGCAACGAUAAUUUCGAGAAAAUACUAUUGGACGCUAUAAACAAAGCUGUCUCCGAAAAUGAGUCUAAACAAAUCAACCAACAAAAGCAGAUCUAUUCCGAUUGGUGCACCCUGAGGCAACAACGAUUGGACGACGAACUGACUCGGUUACAACGCGCGAAACGUAUUCAAGAUUUGGAAAAGAUAGCCCGCGAUAUGGAGCAAGACGAACAGAAGUUGUGGUUCUUCGAGAACGAAGAUAAGAUUGACCUACAAAUCGAUAGCAAAAAAGUAUUCCACCCUAAGCGCUGGUUCGGCAAGAAAAAGAAACCACGAACGGUUGACGAAGGUUACGUUCCUCCUGAGGUACGCCAGCGACAGGGUCUUAAUUGAACUGCCGACAUUUAGUAGCCUUCUGGGAAAGAUCUUGUGACGUUCUUUUCACAUUGAUACGAACGGAAUAAAGCUUAAUCAAAGGGACACUUUGUAAUUACCGAAAUUCUAGCCUUCUUGUUGAAACAAACUAGUGCUUAAUCUAA